AUGAAUAUUCCCAAAAUUGAAGAUUCAUCAUCAAAACCUUUAGCAGCUUUAUUAAUAAGCAAUGCAUUUAAUCCUAUUACUACACAAAUUUUAGAAAAAUUUAAAAAAGCAAAAGAACAUUUAGAAAAUGAAUAUGAAAUAGUGAAUGGAUUUAUUUCACUAUAUUCAAAGAAACAUGUUGAUAAUAAAUACUAUGAAGAUGCAAUACCACUGCAUCACAGAUUAGAAAUGAUCAAGAUAGCUAUAAAUAGAUUGUCUUGGAUAAAACUUGAUGAAUAUGAAUCUUCAUCAGAAAAAAAUAUUUACAAAUCUCAUGAAAUUAUUCAUAAUUUAUCUAACCUUUUAAAUAAAGAAGCAAAAAAACCUAUUAAAGUAUUUUAUUUUUGUGAAUCAAAUCAAAUAAUAGAUGAAGAAAUUAAACCAACUCAUUUGGAAAAUUAUGGACUAAUCAUAAUUGAAGGAUAUCAUAAAGAAAAAGACAAAGAUCUAGAUUGGGAAGAAAAAUGUAAAGAAAAAAUAGGGAAACUCUAUGAAAAAGAUGUAUGGAAAAAAUUCAAAAAAGAAAUUAUUUGCGUGAAUUAUAAUGAAUCUACGAUUAGCUCAGAAAACAUUAGAAAAAUGAUAAUAAAUAACGAUGAAAAUUGGAAAAAUUACUAUACAGGAGAAAUAAUAACAUAUAUAGAACACAAUAAACCGAACUUUUUUAAAACCAUUUAG